UCCAUGUCAUCGGCAUCGAUGGAUGCUUUUUACAUUAUUUUUGUAACAUAAAAAUGGGUUGAAAUUUAUACAAAAACAUCGUUCCCGUUGUGAAAAAGUGGAUAUAUAUGAUAAGCCAGUGAUAUAACAUGUGAUCAUGGCCAUUUUCACACAGAUAGUUUUAAUAAUUUGGCUAAAAUGUACAACAGUGUUCGGGUACGAUUUCAUAUCACAAUACCACAGUCAACAUAAUAAUGAGACAUUUUACUUCUAUCACCUCGCUAUCGACAGAGUAAGUGGACAAGUGUACGCGGGUUCCUUGAACUUCCUUCACCAGCUGAGCCCCGACUUGAAGCCUAUUCAUGUGGUACGGACUGGUCCGAAACUCGAUAAUCCUAUGUGCCCUGCCACGGGAUGUUCCUCUCCCAGCAUAACGUCGUGGAUCGACAACGUGAACAAGAUCCUGGUGAUCGACCAGGAGUCCCGCAUCGUGAUAGCGUGCGGGUCGGUGGCGCAGGGCUCGUGCGUGAAGUACAAGCUGGGCGACCUGGCCGCGGAGCCCGAGUUCGUACCCGUGAGCGUGGCCGCCAACGAUGCGGAGGCCUCCACCAUCGCCUUCAUCGGGCCCGAGCGGUACAACUCGUGGGACCGCUCCAACGUGCUGUACGUGGGCACCACCUUCACCAACAACGGCGAGUACCGCCACUACGUGCCCGCCAUCUCCAGCCGCGACCUCAUGUCGCUGGAGCUCGCGCAGGAGACCUUCAACAAGCAGAGCAUCAUACAGAUUGAUGUCAAGUACAGGGACAACUUCUUAGUGCAAUAUGUGUAUGGGUUCAACGCCAGUGACUAUGCAUACUUCCUGCUGAUACAGAAGCACUCGCACCUGGCGGGGAACGAGGAGCUCGGCUACGUGACGCGGCUGGCCCGCACCUGCGUCAACGACGACAACUACAACAGCUACACAGAAGUCACGCUAGAGUGCCAUGUCCGCGAAACUGUUAAUGGUAAGAGUGAGAUUGUCAAUUACAAUUUAGUUCAAGAUGCUAAAAUAGCUAAGGCAGGUGCCAACCUGGCCAAUCAGUUAGGCAUUGAGGUAGGAGAUUCAGUAUUUGUAGCUACUUUUAGUCCUUCAAAAAGUAUUACUAAUGAGCCUAUGGCCAAGUCUGCUAUAUGUGUAUUUUCUUUGCAAGAAAUGGAAAUUAAGUUUAAUGAAAAUGUUCAUAUGUGUUUUAAUGGAAGUACUAAGUCUCGUAACAUGGGCUACAUAUCAGGCAUGAUCUCAGAUGGCAAGUGCCCCAGUGUAGGGUCCACAGGUAACAUACUUAACUUUUGUGAGGUAGGACUUAAAAUUAGUGGGCUGUAUCCAAUUAAAACCAUGUCUGUAAUUAACUGGAACAACACAUUGAUCACUUCUGUCACAAUGUCUGUAACAGGUUUGCAUACAGUAGCAUUUAUGGGUACUAAUGAUGGGCAUCUUAAAAAAGUUCUGAUUGAUGCAGACAAAGCAAUAGAAUAUGCCAGUGAAGAAAUACUUCCAGGUCAAAAAAUACUGCCUGAUACAACACUAUCACCAUAUCAAAAAACUCUGUAUGUCUUGGGAAGAAAUACCAUAGUGCAAAUACCAACUGAGCAUUGUUCAGAGCAUGGAAACUGCUCCUCCUGCCUGGAGUCCAAUGACCCACACUGUGGAUGGUGCUCUCUGGAGAAAAGAUGCACUGUUCAAAAUAUGUGUCAGAAGGGCACUCAAAGUGCACCAAGGUGGCUGUCACAAUACACUGGCCAACAGUGUAUUGAUUUUGAGCAAAUUCUACCUGACAGAAUUGCAACUAAUGAAGAAACAACUGUCCAACUCAUAAUUAGGACUUUACCUGAAUUGCCUUUUGGUGCUAAAUACAAAUGUGUAUUUGGCAAUACUACAGCAAUAGAUGCAGCAGUCACUUCCAGUGGCUUAGCUUGUCAAACUCCUGACAUCAAAAAUAGACCUGCCAUCCCACCUGGACAAGAUCAUGUCAAUGUCCCACUGUCUGUACAUUCAUCAGAAACUAACAAAGAUUUUGUAUCCCGCAACUUUGCAUUUUAUGACUGCUCUAAACACACAACUUGUCACACGUGUAUAAUGAGUGACUGGGCUUGUAAUUGGUGUAUUUAUGAUAAUCGCUGUACACAUGAUGCCUCUGUAUGUCAAAGAACUAUUAUAAGUGGAGAAAAUAAUCCUACAAAACUUCUCAAUCAUGGUAUUGGUCACUGUCCUAGAAUUAGGCAAUAUAAAAAGCCAAUAUUAUUGCCCAAUAAUGUUCCUAAAGAGCUUCAGCUGGAAGUAGAGAACUUGCCUCACUUACAACCCGGCCACACAGGUUUUCAAUGUAUUGUCAGCAUAGAAUUAGCUAAUAUGAUACUGCCAGCUAGAGUAGAAUCUAAUCACUUCAUAGUUUGUGAUCAAACCACCUACUCCUAUGAAGAAGAUGUUGGAGAGUAUAAUGUAAGUGUGAAGGUGGUCUGGAACCAUAAACACUACAUUGAUACAAUCACUAUUACACUGUACAAGUGUGAAAUACUUGGAUCUCAUAGAGAACAUGCUGACUGUUCACUCUGUAUUACCAGGAAUUCUAUUUACGAAUGUACCUGGUGUGGAAACACUUGCGCAUACUCAUCCUCAUGUCUCGAAAAUCCAGUAACAGAAUGUCCUAAGCCACGAAUAGAUAUGAUAAAGCCAUUAAGUGGACCAAUAGAAGGGGGAACGUUAGUUACGAUUGAAGGCAGCAACCUUGGGUUGAGGGUAGAAGAGGUAACUGGAAAAGUACGGAUUGGUGAAGUACCCUGUGAUAUUGUUGACUUCGAAGUUUCUGUCAGCAUAACAUGUCGCACUGGGGCAUCUAAUGAGUCCGUGGCUCCAGUUAUAGUUGAAAACGAUGCGGGUUAUACUGAAUCGUCAGUUCUGUUUAGUUACAAAGACAUAAAACUACAAAGCAUUUAUCCUUCCGUCGGCCCAGUUUCCGGUGGAACUCAACUCGCCAUCGGUGGACAGCACUUAAAUAUAGGCUCGGCCGUGUCGGCGUAUUUAGAUGAAUUGCCAUGUGCAGUCAACAAAACACAGACUGCUAACAGCAGAUUGAUUUGUAUCACUCCUAAAGCCAUCAUUCCGCACGUAGUUCAUACAGUUACAGUCGUCAUAGAUAAUGCUAACCGCACACUAAAUGGGGAUUUAUUCAAUUAUACAGCUGACCCUACUAUCAUGGAAAUUAAGCCCCUUAAAAGCUUUGUAUCUGGUGGACGAAUGAUAACUGUACACGGAACCAAUUUACACACGAUCCAAAAGCCAUUGAUGAAAUUAUACUAUGGUAAUGAAGAUAUCCCAGUUAACCACACUGCUUGCGUUGUUCUAAACUCAAAUCAGAUGGAAUGUCCCAGUCCAGCUAUCAACAAAAAGUACCAUGAAAUAUUACAAGCUACCAAAGCUCAGACAAGUACUCCACAAAUAGCUAUGAAAGUUGGAUUCGUUAUGGACAACGUCGAAACAAUGCAUGAUUUAGAGAAGUACUUCAACCCCCCUCGCACACACAUGGUGUUUGUUGAAGAUCCUUAUGUAUACCAGUUUCCAAACAGAAUCAAGUCAUAUACAGGUGAUCCUUUAGUUAUUGAAGGGGAGCAUUUAAUACGAGCAAGUGACGAGACUGAUGUUAUGGUCACAAUCGGGGUUCAAACGUGCAAUGUCACCAGUCUUACAAUGCAACAGUUACUUUGUACACCACCUCAAACUCAACCCCCAAACACGGACGAAAAUGGAAUGGAGAUUACAGAUGUUAACCUUCCAUUAGUUGUCGUAAAAAUAGGAAGAAACCUGAGGUACCCUAUUGGAUAUCUUCACUAUGAACUGCUCAGAAAUUACAACUUCCCACCAGAAGCUAUUGCAGGCAUCGCGGCUGGUACUUUCUUUUUGGUCCUAAUAUUUAUGCUAGUUCUAGUUAUGUACAGACGACGAAGUACCAAGGCUGAAAGGGAAUACAAGAGAAUACAGAUUCAAAUGGAUACACUGGAGAGUAAUGUGCGUUUAGAAUGCAAACUUGCGUUUGCAGAACUGCAGACUGAUAUGUCAGACUUGGCAGCUGAUCUGGAACAUUCUGGGAUACCGACGCUCGACCACGUCAACUACGUAAUGAAGGUGUUCUUCCCGGGCGUGUCCGACCAUCCAAUACUGAACGUCCAGCGACAGUUUAUAAACACGCCUCGGACCAACUAUGACGCAGCUAUGAUUCAAUUUGAACAACUAUUGAACAAUAAAUGUUUCCUUCUGUCAUUUAUCGAUACUUUAGAAGCACAAAAAUCAUUCAACAUUCGAGAUAAAGUCAAUGUAGCGUCUCUGCUCAUGAUUAUAUUGAUGGGCAAAAUGGAAUAUGCAACGGACAUUCUAAAAUCGCUUCUAUUGCGUCUUAUUGAUAAAUCAGUUUGCAACAAACACCCACAACUUAUGUUGAGAAGGACCGAAAGUGUUGUCGAGAAAAUGCUUACUAACUGGAUGGCUCUGUGCAUGUACUAUUAUUUAAAAGACUACGCUGGGUCGUCACUAUUUUUAUUAUUCAAAGCAAUCAAACACCAAAUUGAGAAAGGUGUCGUAGAUGCUAUAACUCAUGAAGCCAGGUAUUCCUUGUCAGAAGAGAAACUACUAAAAGAACAAAUUGAUUAUCAAACUGUUACUUUACACGUAGUUCAAGACGAUUUUGAUGAAAAAGUUCAAACAAGAGUAUUAGAUUGCGACAGUAUAUCGCAGGUAAAAGGAAAAAUUUUGGACGCCUUGUUCAAAAAUACUCCAUUCUCUAUGAGGCCUUCCGUCCAUGAAGUUGACUUGGAAUGGAGACAUGGGCGAGGCGGCCAUGUCACACUUCAAGAUGAAGACGUUACCACUAAAACUCUGAAUGGCUGGAGGAAACUCAACACUCUGGCUCAUUAUGGAGUGAAAGAGUCAGCAGUCAUGUCUUUGAUAUCUCGUCAAAACGACAGCUUCAACACUCCCUACAAAAUACCCUGUAAAAACUGCACAGGAAUAUACUGUUCCAAUUCACACAUAAGAGUUUACAACAGUGAUAUAGGUACAGACCAAAACGUGCAUUUUUACCACUUAGUGAGGCCGAUUGAAUAUCAGCACAUUAUCAACAAGUCAUCGGAACACAGUCAUAAAGCUAUUCCAGAAAUAUUUCUCACGAGACUUCUGUCCACUAAAGGCACCGUGCACAAGUUUGUAGAUGAUUUCUUCAGCACGAUACUCACAGUGAACGAGGUGCUGCCACCGGCCGUCAAGUGGCUGUUCGACCUCUUCGACGAAGCCGCCAGGAGCCACGGCAUCAUGAACCCGGAGGUGGUUCACGCGUGGAAGUCCAACAGCUUACCGCUACGGUUUUGGGUGAACCUCAUUAAAAAUCCCGAUUUUAUAUUCGAUAUAAACAAAACAUCGACAGUAGAUUCGUCGUUGUCGGUGAUCGCACAAACGUUCAUGGACGCGUGCUCGCUGUCCGAGCAUCGUCUGUGCAAAGACUCGCCGUCGAACAAGCUGCUGUUUGCGAAGGACCUGCCCACGUACCGCGACAUGGUGAUCCAGUUCUACGCGGGCGUGUCGCAGCUGCCGCAGGUCACGGACCAGGAGCUCAGCACCUCCAUGCAGCAGCUCUCCGUACAGCAACUCAACGAGUUCGACACACUCUCCGCCUUGAAAGAACUGUACAUCUACGUCAGUAAAUACAGAGAACAAAUUAUAUUAGGACUAGAGAUGGACCCACUAUGUAACAAAAUGCACUUAGCCCAUAAACUAGAUAAUGUAGCGUGCACUAUGGAAGGGGACCCUACUUCUAUAUGCUGACUAUAUGACAAAAUAAGUUACGACUUAAUUGCAUUUACGUAAUUUAUUUAAGCUAUACCGUAAAUAUUUUUAAUAAGAAGCUUUAAUUUAUUAUGGAAAUACUCAAGAACUUUAAUGAUCUGUAAAAAAGACUGUAAAAUAUCAGUUUGAUAAACCUAGUAAGAAUGAAUGACAGAUAUUUUUUCUCAUUAAAAGUAAAUAUUUGUGUAAUGUAAGGACACUUAAGUUAAUGACGAGAACAAAUCUCUCUAGUGACAUAAUAAAUUUUAAUGUAUGUUCUAACAUUUUUAUGGAUUUACUGUCUCAAGUGGCCAUAUUUUAGUGUCCAUGGUGUUUAAAAUUUUAGAUUUAGUAUGUUGUAUAUUUUUGCUCUCUUCAUUAAUAAGUCUGAAUGAUUUUUAAAUAAAAUUCAAGUGAUUCUUAUGAUUUUUAGCAUAAUAUAAUACUGACAGUGACACUAAGUUUGUACUAUAAAAUAUCCAAGUGUAUGUAUGUAUGUAUGUCGAAAUACUUAAAAUAACUAUCGGUGUGUUUUAUGCUAAGAUGUAUGUGUAAAGAGAUUUAAGUACUAGUUAAGGAAAAUGUUGUGAUAUUUGUAUUUGGAAUAUUGAUGUAUUUUAGCUAUGAUUUUGUAUUAUAUUCCAUUGCUUGGAUACCUACUGCUGACGCCGUCUAUACUCACCAUUUCUUACUGUUUGAUAUUUUAAUAAUUUUUUUUCUAAUGAAGCCUUGUGUUAUUUAUUUUAAUUCACUUUCAAUUUUUCAUCUGUAAUAGCCCUAUGAUCUCAUUUGUUUUAUUGCUCAAACUACUGUCGCUUUGAUAUAAGUACAUAUUUUUUAAUGAAUUUAGGAGAGAAUGUAAGUAAUAUUCCAUUUACAAAAUAUAAUAAGCUAGAAAUGUAAUUUUGUUAGAUAUAAGCAGCGUAAAUUCACCCGUCUCUUAAAUUUUAUAUUAUUGAUUAGAAAUAAAAUACUUAUUUAUCAAAU